GGAGAGAAGGCUUCUGCGGGUGCACCACUGCACACAGUCGGUGGCAGAGAGGCGGGCUGCUCGUGGCAGGGGCCAUACGGCACACAGAUCCACACCCGCUUGGACUCUCCUCCGACCAUUGGGCACUUUGGCAGACUGUUCUCCACGGAUUGAACCAGACAGCUUUUGCGGCGCAGCCACAGUGAACCAAUUGGGACCGACUCCAAGCUCAGCACGCUCACACUUAUCUUGGGCCUAGAACUGCACACACACCCGGCUUCCUUGCCUGUCUCUUGUUCUCUCCAACGCAUCUCCGGCGCAGACAGCACCCACUACACUAUCACACCCCCAUCCUGCAAUGUCGGCCCCCUUUGUAGGCAUCUGCACCGCCCUCUACGACUAUCAGGCUCAGAAUGACGAGGAGCUUACGAUAAACGAAAACGACAUCCUCUACCUCCUGCAGAAGUCGGAUUUCGACGACUGGUGGCUGGUGAAAAAGCGGGUCUUGGACGCAAACGCAGAAGAGCCGCAGGGCUUGGUUCCGAAGACAUACAUCGCCGACGCCGCCCCCGUCGCCCGUGCCACUGCGCUGUACGACUACACGAAGCAGACCGAGGAGGAGUUGUCCUUUAGCGAGGGGACUGUGCUCAACGUCUACGACACCUCCGACCCCAACUGGGCCUUGGUCGACAUCAACAGGCAGCAGUUCGGCUUUGUUCCGGGCAACUACAUCCAGCUCGACAGCGGCACCGCACAGCAGCCGAGUCUGCAGCAGCCGGCUGCAGCAAACCCGGUCUCCAAUGUGAUGGGUUUGACCCCGUUCCCAGAACCGGUCGUCUCUCCGGCAAACAUAACCCCGCUGUCCCAAUCGUUCCCUCCACCCCCUCAAAGAGCCGCUAGACCUUCCUCGUCCAACGCAACACCGCCAGCCCAAUCCUCCACUAGAAGCCAAUUCCCUAGCAGCAGAGACGAUGACUACGACGAUGUCGACGACGCCGACGAAGCUAGGCCCCCAAUGCCUACCAGACCUAACACGACAACAAACAACAAUAACAGCAACAGUGCCUCCUCUCAGCGUCGUUCCAACACAUACAACGACUAUUCCGAAGAUGACAAUGAUUAUGGUGACGGUGACUCAGACGAUAAUGGCCACGCUAAAGAAUCAAAGACAAAAAGUUUCUUCUCCUCCUCGUCUUCCAAAUCCCGUUCCAGAUCCGGCACAGAAACUUCGAAAAUGUCACGUAAGAAGUCGAUAUCCAAUUUCCUCUCCUCUCAUAAGGACGAUGAUGACGCACAACCUGUUCACGGUGACUUUGCUUGGAAAAUUCAUGAAAUUGAUGGUAAGAAAAAACGUUCUGGUGUCUUAGAAAUCGGAAACGGUAAUGUGUACUUGGACGUUGACAACAAAUUGUCCGAAUCAUGGCCUAUAACCAACUUAACCAACUACAAUGCCGAGAAAAAGCACAUAUUUCUUGACUUCAAAUCUCCCUCUUACUCAUUCGAGUUGCAUGUUAGCAACAAAAGCUCUGCGCAAGCAAUCAUGUCGAUCUUGGGUGAUAUGAAAGGCCUGCAAUCCCAAUCGGCAUUGGCAGAUAUCAAAAGAGCACAAAGAGAAGGUGCCGAAGCAGGUGCGGUUUCCACACUCAAAAAAGGUGUCAUUUUGUAUGAUUUCGAUGGUGCUGCAGAUGAUGAAUUGUCAUGCUAUGAAGGUGACACCGUACUUAUAGUCAAUGACAAAAAGAACAAGGAGUGGUGGAUGGUUGAAAACUCACGCGGAAAAAGAGGUGUCGUUCCUUCCAAUUACGUCAAACUCGUUUCGAAUAAAAGCAAGAGUGGAAGUGGUAAUGGCAGUGCUGGUGCUAGUAGCAGUAGCAAAGAUGGUGGUGCCAGCGGUUUCUUGAAGAAUUUAUUAGGUCCUAAUUCUAAGAGUCCUAAAAAGAAGGGCUCCAAAGACAGGGAUCGUGAAGAACGAGAAUUGCGUGAAAUGGCAAAACUACAACACGAGCGUGGUGAAUUGCAAAAACAGCGUCGUCGUAUGGAACAGAAGGAAAAGGAAUUAUCUUAUCGUGACAGAGAUCAACGUGAAAAGCGUGAAAAAAUCCGUCGUGCAGAUGAAAGACUGCGUGAACGUCGGUUACGUGAAAGUUCCAAGUCUAGCAGUGCUAACAGUGAAAAGGAUUCAAGCAAACCAAACACUCAUCGCGUGCGUACUUGGAUCGAUAGAUCCGGCGCCUUCAAAGUCGAGGCAGAAUUCUUGGGGGUCCAACAGGGUAAAAUACACUUACACAAGACAAAUGGUGUUAAAAUUGCUGUUGCAGCCUCAAAAUUGUCAAUUGAAGAUCUAGAAUACGUUGAACGUUUGACAGGAACCUCGUUGGACAAGUACAAGCCAGAAAUUUCGAAGCCUGCUGAACCUACCUCCGCGUCGAAUAAUGAUAGCAACACUGCUAACACUGCUUCAACUCCAUCACUACCAUCUCGUGAGUCUUCUUCAGCAGUCGCCCGUCAACGCACAUCUUCUGUUCCUCUCCGUGCAGACUUGGUUGACUACUGGUUUAACUUUUUCGUCGAGGCCAAUGUCGAUGUUAACGUAUGCGAUAGGUAUGCUAGAAACUUUGCACAAGAACAAGUCGAUAACACCGUUUUGGAUGGUGUCACUCCUGCCUUGAUGCGUACCUUGGGUGUUCGUGAAGGUGAUAUCCUCAAAAUUAAGAAGAAGAUUGACCAAGCCUUGGGUAGAGCCACUACUCCAGACCCAGUCUUGGGUAAGAAUCCAACUGAUCCACUGCCAAACACCCCGGCAACAAGCGGUAUGUCCGAUGAUGACUGGGCAACCAAGCCGGCUGCAAGAUCCACCACAGAACCUGUUAAACCUAUUACUUCUCCGAACGCAUCUAAAAGUUUAACGCCACAAAUCACUGGCUCCAUAAAGGACUUGUUAGAUGUCAAACCGAUGGAACCAACGCGUACAGGAAUAACGCCAGUGAAACCUAUCAACACAAUCGGAUUGGCCUCUAGCAAUUCUGCGACUGCCACAGGUGGUAAUGCUACUGGUCCAUUGACAGGUUCAGCCACAGGUAAUUUGAACUUGCAGAAAACAGGUGCAGGAAUGGCCCCAGCUUUUACGGGUGCAAUGCCAAUGAUGGCAAUGCCGACAGGAUUCAUGCCAAUUACUAUGGUUCCAAUGAUGACAGGAAUGGCAACCGGUAUGGGACCGUUACGUACGGGUGGUUUGACUACCGGAUUAACUGGUGGUUUGAAUUCUGCCUUUACUGGAGGCUUGAACCCUGCUUUUACUGGCGGUAUGCCAAUGACCACAUUUGGAGUCAACUCUUUGGCACAGCAACCUCAACAGCAGAAAACAGGAGGAGCUUACAUAAUGCCACUUACUACUGGCUCUGCAAUGCCAGCCACCUCUUUUGGAAACUAUCCCUCGAUGAACAGCCAAGCGACGGGUGGUAUGGUUAGACUACAGCCAACUGGUGUUAGAUUACAAAAAACUGGAGGCGGAUUGUCAAGUAUGCCUGCCAUGCAACCAACUAUGAAGACAGGGGGAGGAUUUGUGCCACAAUCCAGUUUCGGUAUACAGUUAAGCAAUGCCAUGACAGGUGGUGGAAUGAUGAAUCCGGCAAUGACCGGCGGUUUCCCGCAGACCUCGUUUGGUAAUCCUGCGAUGACCGGUGGCUUACCGCAAUCAUCAUUUGGUAACCCUAUGAUGAAUCCAGCAAUUACUGGCGGUUUACCACAAAACUCGUUUGGAAAUCCUAUGAUGAACCCUGCAUUCACCGGUGGCCUGCAGCAAGCGCAGUACGGUAACGGGAUGAUGACGGGGGGCUUACCACCAAAUUCAUUCGGUAAUGGAAUGAUGAAUCCCGCUUUAACUGGCGCUAUGGGCGGCAAUGGGUUACCGCAAACCUCAUUUGGAAAUAAUAACGGCAUGAUGAACCCAGCAUUGACUGGUGGUUUGCCCCCUACAUCGUUCGGAAACGGGAUGAUGAACCCUGCUUACACGGGUGGACUCCCACCUACGUCAUUUGGCGGAGCGCCAAACAAUGGGUCUCAGCCUGUAUUACAAUCACAGCCAACUGGUUUUGGAUUUGGUAACUCAAUCGUUCCUGCCUCAACUGGGAAGCAAGCAAAUUUGGCCAAUGCUACUGCUGAUAAUCCUUUUGGCUUCUAAAUGCACAGUGGAGGAAACUUUGCAAUACUUUCGUUAUCAAUUGAUAAGUAUGAGAGCCUUUCUUUCUCUCUUACAAGGCGUGUUUGUUUACUUUUUAUCUCUUUCCUUCUCCCCAAUUCUUCGUCGUUAUGUAUACACUAUUUAUGUCUUCUCUAAAUUAACUAUUUGUUCUCAUUAGAAAAAAGAACGCAAAG